AUGGCAUCUGGAGAUGAGAGUCCUAUCUUUGAAGAUGACGAAAGCCCUCCGGGUAGCCUGGUAAGAAUGACAGAUCUUGUAGCCGUUUGGGAUGUUGCUUUGAGUGAUGGAAUCCAUAGGAUUGAAUUUGAACAUGGGACCACAUCCGGCAAACGUGUGGUAUAUGUAGAUGGGAAGGAAGAGAUAAGAAGAGAAUGGAUGUUCAAAUUGGUGGGCAAAGAAACCUUCUGUGUUGGAGCUGCAAAGACAAAAGCAACCAUAAAUAUAGACGCUAUCAGUGGUUUUGCUUAUGAAUACACUCUGGAAAUUAAUGGGAAAAGUCUCAAGAAGUAUAUGGAGAACAGAUCAAAAACCACCAAUACUUGGGUAUUACAUUUGGAUGGUGAAGACUUGAGAGUUGUAUUGGAAAAAGACACUAUGGAUGUAUGGUGCAAUGGUAAAAAAAUGGAGACAGCAGGUGAGUUUGUAGAUGAUGGGACUGAAACUCACUUCAGCGUUGGGAGCCACGAGUGUUACAUAAAGGCUGUCAGUAGUGGAAAGCGGAGAGAAGGAAUUAUUCAUACUCUCAUUGUGGAUAACAGGGAAAUCCCAGAAGUUCCUCAAUGA